AAGACCUGAGCUGUGGGCCAACAAGGAAAAGCAACGAAACUUGGAUCCAAGAGUUAAUGGAGUAAAGUGGGAUGCGAACACAAAACAGAGGCCGGCCGCGUCUCCUCUCUCUCCGUUUACUACCCCCAAAUCCUAUCUCUGAGUUCAGUGCCAUCUUUCUCUCAGAGCAAGAGCAAGAGCAAUGAGCAUACAAAUUCUAGUGUCCCUGCUCUGUGCAGCUGCAACAACAGUUCUUGCCUCUGAUCUCCUCCUGAAGAAUGGCGACUUUGAGUCCCCGCCGCGAAACGUGAGCCCGACUGCAACAAACCCAUACUUCCUCCUCACUCAGUCGAACCCCAUCCCAGCCUGGACCUUCAAUGGCACCGUCCAAUACGUGACGUCAGGCCCCAACGUCUCCCUUCCAGGCGAUGGACACGCUAUUCAACUCGGACUCGAUGGCAGCAUCAACCAGACUUUCAUUGCCGACGGUGCGUACAUGUAUGUUCUCACCUUCACGUUGGCGCCGGGGGGCGAGAACUGCUCGACCGCGUCAGCCUUAGCUGUGUCAACACCCGACGACACGGCCCAAUUCUACUUGGAACAAAGGUAUGGGAAGGAGGCAUGGGAGAGCCACGCGAGGGGGUUCAUGAAUUUGGUUCGCAAGGGCGUGCCUGUGAACCUGGAGCUCAAGAGCCAACCCACUGAGGCUGAUCCCAACAUCACCUGUGGCCCAGUCAUCGACACGCUCCUCCUCAAAGGGGUCGACCCCCCACGUGUCUAUUCAGGCAACGAGCUGAUAAAUGGUGAUCUCGAAAUAGGGCCCGAGUUCUUGAUCAACUCCACUGAGGGAAUCUUACUCGACGCAGUUACGGAUACAGCACAAUCUGCAUUACAAGGCUGGACAGUGAUGGGGACUGUAAAAUACAUAGACUCCAAUCACUACAAAGUCCCACAGGGCAAAGCUGCAAUAGAGAUAGUCUCUGGAAGUUUAGGAGGGAUCCAACAAACACUUGUGCUCCAAAAGGGUUGGACCUACAAUCUAAGUUUUGUCAUGGGGGAUGCCAAUGAUACAUGUAUGGGUGAUUUUAUUUUAGGAGUACAAGCAGGCUCCACUUCAAAUAACUUCACAAUGCAAAGCAAUGGGACUGGUUCAACCCAGAGUUUCUCAAUGAAGUUCAAAGCCGAUCACUCGGAACCCACUGCAAUUAGUUUCAUUAGCUACACAGAUAGCCAGAGCAGGGAUCUCGAGUUUUGUGGGCCUGUGAUCGAUAAUGUGGUCCUCGGUGCAUCAUAUGGGACGAGAUUGGAAGUGUAUAGCGGGAUAUUGUAUUCUUGUAUUGUGUUUUUGGUGAUGGUUUUGAGUAAAACUAUGUGAAACUUUGUCUUGGUCUCCAUUCAUUUGUAUCAAGUUUUGGAACUGGAUCAAUAAAGUGGCAUUAGAAUUCGGAUCAAUAAA